ACUUGUUAUUUGUUUGUAUUUCAUUAAUUUGUUGCCGCAAUAGAUCUAGUAUAUUAUUCAGGAUUGUCUCAUCUCCCCCUGUUGCUGUGUUUAGAAGUGUUUCUUUCGGAAAUAUUUUAAGGUCCAACUAGUUUAAAAUAAAGAAAAAAUGUCAGAUGUUAGUGAAAUACUGCAUUACAUGAAGUCAUUAAGAAAAGGGUUCGACAAAAGCCUGUUUGAGAGUAAAAUCGAAGAGCUUUGUGAUGUUGUGAUGAUUGCAGGCCUCAAUUCUGAUGAUUUUCAUUCCCUAUUUACUGUUUGGUUGAAUUUGAGUAUCCCAAUAAAAAAUUGGACAAGUUUAGGAUUGUGUAUUGUUCCGCAAGAGAUAGUGGGCCAGAAAUCUGUAGAAUACGCAUUGCGUUGGUUGCUAGAAAUUAACAAAAGCUGCAAUGAUUUUCCAAAAAUUGCGUUCCUACUGGAUUGGUUAACAGCUGCAAUGGAUUCUGACUCUGUUGAUAUGAAAGCAUUAGAUAUGGGAUAUGAGGUUUUUUAUGCCCUUUUGGCAAAUGAAGAGUUGAGUAUCCAUGCCCUGAAGCUCAUUUAUACUUUGACCAAACCAAUAGAUGUAACAAGGAAACGAGUGUUGGAAAUAUUAAACUAUAUUAAAAUUAGAGAGCAAAGAAUGAACCUGUGCAGACCACUGCAAGUCCUCCUGGGUUUAUUCAAGUCAUAUAAACCACAGUGUGUUCCAGAGGCUGUGCCCUAUAGAUCUAUUCACACUGCAUUCAGAAAAAUCAAUGUGCUUUUGAUUACAAGAUUUCAGACUUGUCAGAAUAGAAGAAACACGCGCCGUGUAGACAAACAAAAAUUGGUAUGGGUUGAACCAUUGAAUAUGAAGGGAAAUAAAAAGGGAAAUGCAAAUCCUCUUAUACCUGAAUUGGACUUUAUUUAUUUAAGUUCAUAUCAAUACUCUGACAAGGUUCCAGAAAAGAAUUACUUCGAUUUUUCUGACCCUGUUUCGCUGCUGCAGUACAGUCUCCACCACAAUCUGUCUCGCCCAGCUCGCAUGAGAGCUGUGUUCGCCAACUCAGCAGGUCGCGCCCAGCUGCUCCUAGCGCCCGCACACAUACACAACUUCUUUCUACACGAUCUGCAUCACGUGCUGUUCAACGCUUUCUUGGAUGUGUCCCCACACUCGAUGGAAGAGAAGAAGCAAUUCUUGGAACUUCUGGCGAUCUUCCAGUCGACAGUGAUGCAGGGGCUGUCUGUCAUCACGACCUUCCUAGCGAAGUUCUUACCCCAUUGGAAUGAGAAAGAUUACUUUAUGCAGAUACUGGCGUUGAUAGAGUGGCUGCACGUGGAGAGCCAUGACCAGGUGCGAGUGAUACUGGACACCCUCACCAAGGUGUACUGCAGGGCGCAUCCCAUCCAGCAGUGUGCCAUACUGAACAGUGUCACAAAGGCUUACACUAAUCUGGUAUACGCAAGUACGCGGAAGCGACACUUCUUCUUAAACGUUCAGCCGCCAGAAAAUAGCUACACAGAAAUGAUUGAGCUGGUCGCGUAUAAAAUAAAUGAAAUAUGCAGCAAGGGCUUGCAAACGAACCCAGAAGACAUGCGUGUGAUGCUCGGGAGUGUAUCGUCGCUACGGCGCUGCGUGCGAAUGGAGUUGUUAGUGUGCGGGCCGGUCGUAUCCACUCCCGCCUUAUUGACGGUCGCACUUCCGCUGAUAUCUACUUCCGCACUAGCAAUAGACAUGAUUGCGGACUUGCUACUGAUGUACAAGAAAAUAUUUUCCGCAAUCAAAGCGAAGUAUGGACGAAGGGACGAAAAGGACAUUGACAAGAUGAAAAUGCUAAAGGCGUUCACAUCUGACAUUGUUAGUUGCUUCCAAGAGCAAUUUAUAACUAACAGAAGUGAAGGGAUAAUAUUCAGCAACAUACAACCGAAUAUAAUUAAGAAAUUGACAUAUCUGGUUCCUGACGCUGACUCCAAAUUGAGUUUUAGGAAUCACGUUGCUUUCGCGCCCUAUACUAGUAUGAGGCACGAGCAAAUGAUUGAUGAUAUCGAUCACAAGAGUCUGUUUGACGCUAAAAUAGCUCAAGCCUUUGUGCAUUUGGGCCGGUUUGUUGAACUAUCGAUGCCUACGUUCAGGAAAUAAUUCGUGGGAAGUAAAUAUUAAGAAGUUUUCGGACGGUAUACUAUAUACUUUUAUGCUGACGGUACAUUUUUAUAAAUGCAGCUUGGAGUAGUAUAGGUAGUGACCGAGACUCAAAGCUGUUUUUUUAUUCGGCUAUAUUAAUAAAAAAUUAAGACAUAACUUUAUUAAAUUUUAUUAAUCAUAGCAAGGAAAAUUACGCUUUUCAUAAUUUUUUACUGGAUUUUGUGUUUUGCCAUUUAUCUGUCAUUCUGACAUAAUAUGUUUGACAUUGUUUAUAAUAACAUAGAUUAUGAUUGAAUUGUUUUAUUUUUUUUUUCGUAAUAUAUGUUACGGUUUUAUUUGAUUCUGCUCUUCAUCUCUGUGUUAACUUUCACCAAAUCUGACAUACCACCGUUCGUGCCCAGUAUGAGUUACAAAGUUUACUAAUAAUAAUAAUAAUAAUAGGUACAUUUAGGAUAAUCUAAAUUUAAAAUAGAUAAGUCUAUCGAACUUUUGUCAUUAUUAGAUUGCCAGUGGGAGGCUCCUUUGCACAGGAUGCCUGCUAGGUUAUGGGUACCACAACGGCGCCUAUUUCUGUCGUGAAGCAGUAAUGUGUAAGCAUUACUGUGUUUCUGUCUGAAGGGCGCCGUAGCUAGUGAAAUUACUGGGCAAAUGAGACUUAACAUCUUAUGUCUCAAGGUGACGAGCGUAAUGGUAAUGCCGCUCAGAAUUUUUGGGCUUUUCAAGAAUCCUGAGCGAAACAUCCUGCUCGUCUGGUCCCGUAUUUUCAUAUAAAAAAAGGUUUAAUUUCUUUAAUGGUGCCUAAUAAAACUCGUCAAAUUAGAAGAAAGCGUUUUGAGUAUUAACUAGGAUAUAAUACAAAAUAAAAAUUUAUUUUAAUUUUUUUAGCUACUUGUAAAUAUAUCUAUGUAAUAUCUUGGUAAUAUUUCUUUAACAAUCAUGUUAACAUAUAAUUUUAUAGUGUAUCAAAAUGUUUCAUAACUAAUUAUGCACUGAAUAUAAUUAGUACCAUUCUUCAUUUAUUAUGCUUUUAUAUAAUCCACGACAUUUAACCCAGUAUUAAAUUAAAUUAUAUAAUUAAGUAAUUGAUAAGUGAAAAUAAUAAUAAAUUAACUACCUCAUUGGUAUAAGAAGGUAAUUAUGGGGAUCUCUUCAUGGAGUGCAGUUUAGUCCAACUUGAGACACAGGAUUGUUUUUUAUUUCGAUUUGGGACCCGUAAUUAUUUUUAUUUUGCAAUAUUUGUUUUUUAUGGACACACUUUCUGUGAGAGAAUUUAACGCAUGCAGAAAUUUGAUUAAUUGUAAUCCAUACUUUUGCCAUGUAAAUUUUUUUUCGUGCCAAAAUAAAGUGAGAAAAUAAAUAAUAUAUCUAAUCAAAAAAAAAUACAGUGUAUUUGGGAUAUUAAAAGGUAACUUUUCACCAAAUUAUUUUGUAAAGGUAAAAAUAAAAAAUCAAAAAAAUUGGUAAUUUGAAUCUUUCGCAUAAAUUUCGAGGUUAUGUGAAAAAAGUGUGACAACAAAAGUUGAAGAAAUUUUUAUUACCUACAACUUUGCUAUUUAACUUUUUUCCAUAGGACUUGUAGCUCCGCCGGAAAUUAGGAUAAACCGUUUUUACCUUAAACACCCCUCCUUUUACACUUCCCAACCCCCACUUUGUCAAUAGGUUUCAUCCUACAAUUUUUUUUUUCAUUUUUAUAUAAUAAUUAUGACAAAUUCAUAAAAAACAAUAUUUUAUUUAUUAUGUAUCAGUCUUGUGACUGAACAACGUCUGUCGGAUGUCGAGUCAGCUAGUAUGUUUAUAUAUCAGAUAACCAAAAAGUAAUUUUUAAUACAGUUGCUCAAAAAGUGACGUAUUUCAGAGACCUAUAGCGUUCGGGAUGUGGGCUAUUUAUUACAUACUCGAGCUUUUUCUUUACCAUUUCCGAACUCGUGCGUUCUCUUUCCCAACUGUCAAAAUCAUGUCUAAAAAAAAAACAACCACGCAGUUUUUUACAAAAAAAAAAUUCAUAGAAGUUGUUACGAUUCAUGCAAAUAUUUCUAAAAAGAAGCUACUAAUUUGUUUCAAUAUCAGAUUUAAUGAUUUGAUUCAAUGAGUUGGGUUUCAUUUCAUUUAAUCUCAUUAAAUUUCAUUUUCAUUUCAUAUCAAUAAAAAAAAUCUACUGAAGACUUGGCUGUAUGGGCAUAGUUCCCUUUGCCUACCCAGAAUGUGUGAAGAAAGCAAAAAAAUUAUCUCUGCUUAUAGUAUUUUACGGUUGGCGCCAUUUUCCAUGAUUAGUUGAGUUUAUCGUGGUUUUAUUAUUCUAUUAAAUUGCUUAAUUUUUUCGCAACUGUAUUAAAAAUUGUUGUUCAGUACACGUGCGGAACCGUCAUUGCAACUUGUUCCGACUGUCAACCCUCACCUUCGGUUGCGCCUCGGCUCGGGUAGACAUUUGCUCGGAAGUCUUUGCAAUGACAGACUUUCCGCACUCGUAAUGAAAAAUACUAUUCCCAAACAACGUUUUAAUCGAAUAAUCUAAAUAACAAUACUAUUGUGUAUUUGCUUCGAUUAUGUUAUAAAAUAUUUUUCUUGAAUUAUGUAAUAACUAUUUAAUUAGUUUACCCACCUUUGUAAUUUUUAAUAAAUAAUUUUUAUGCAA